AUGUCUCGGAAAGGACAAUCUGUAAUUAAUGAAGAAGAAGAAAUCUUAAAAUCAAUUAAUAAAGAUGAUAAAUCUAUGAUUUCUGAAAACAAAAAAGAUGAAGAUACAGGAAAUGGAUAAAAGUCAGAAAAAGAAAAGGAUUCCUCUAAUAAUGUUUUAGAUGAAAUUGAAUAGAUCAUUUCUAAUGAUGCUGGCUUCUGUACCAAUUUGUAUUAUAUUAUUCUAACUAUAUUUAGUAUGUUACUUGUAAUAUAUGUUGUUUUAAUUAUUCAAAUUUAUUUAGAAUAUCGUAUUCCUGAAGUUCAUGAGACUAGUCAAAGUAUUAAAAAGUAUAUCUCCUAAAGGUAUAUUUCAUAAUCAUCUAAAUAGAAUAUCAACACAGUUAAAUGAAAUAUAAGAUGUUCCAUUCAUUUAUAGUGAAUACCUUUAAAAAAUUAUCUAUUUUAUACACGAUCAUUCUGAAGAUCGAAACCGUUUUGAUCUUCUUUAUAAUCCUUUGAUUGAAAAUUCAAGUCAAUAUGCAAAUACCUCAUAUUUGCUUUUAGAAAAUUAUAAUUACUAUCUUGGAAGCGUAAUUUCGUUUACUUUGAAACAUGUAAAUGAAGAUUUAGUAUACAAUUUGAAUAUUUAAAGGAAUCAGAUGAAUUCGUAAGGAAAAUAAUAACAAUACAAAACACUGAUAUUUAUACGAUGGCAGAUAUAAUGUUGAGUGACGAAAAAACAAUGAAUUAAGCGAAUUAAAUAAAUGAAUCUAAAAUAGAUGAAAAGUUUUAACAAAACAUAAUAAUUUCAUGUAAUUAUAGUUUUUAAUUGAUCUUAGAAUCUGAAGAUAUUUUUGAAGUAAAAAUGUACUUCACUAAUUCUAUGGAUUAAGCAUUUGCUUCAGAAAUGCUAUCAUUACUUGAAAGUUAAUUUGAUUUUUCUUCCCUCUUUGUUUUAAAACACGACAUUUAUAUAAUAAAUCCUUUGACUGAAGUAAUUCUAAAGAUUUCUAAUUAAUUUGACAUUAGUAAUUAAGGAAGAAUUUAAUAUUAAUAGGUUAUUGAUUAUGGGGUGUAUUAUUAUUAGGGAAGUAAUGUAUAAUCAAAUGUUGUAUUUGGAAUAGUAACAAAAUCGUUAUUUGCUGCUGUGGUUUUCUUUUAGAUAGUUUAUACAAUCGGAAAGGUAAUUAUAAUAUUAUAAAAAACAUAGAGAAUAUUUUUUAUGGUAAUUAAAUUUUUAUCAACAAGAAUAUUUGAAUUUGAGUUUGACUUACUGUUUAUUACAGCAUAAAGAACAUUAAACUUUAUUUACAUCAUAGCUUGGUUUUUAAUGUUUUCUUAAUUUUAAGGAAUAACAAUAACUCCAUAAGUAACAUAAGAAUAAAUAGAAGGAAUAGAUAAUUAUCUUUAGAAUUCAAAUACAUAUUAGUUAUUUGCUAUAACAACAUUUAUAAUAACAAUUUAUGAUAUAAUUAAGAUUAUGUCUUCAUUCUUUCCUACAUUUGGUGUGUUAAUGUAUACAUUCAUUGUAGCUGGUAAAGAUAUGAUCAUAUUUAUUUCGGUAUUUAUUUUUAUUAUUAUAAUAGUACACGGCUAUGGUUUUAGUAAGUUUUAUAAUGAUUUCAAAUAUAAUCUUUGGACCAUUGAAUGAUGAAAUAGCAACAUUAGGUAAUGCAGCAUAUUUAUGUUUUGAAUUUUUUUGUGGUAAUUUUAAAUUUGCUUUUCUUGAAUAAAUAGUUCCAGGAAUAGGUUUCGUUUAUUCUUUAUUAUUUUUUAUUUCAUUUAAUCUAAUAUUGCUUCCAUACUUUUAUGGAAUUAUAAUUUUAACAUAUGGAUAAUUAAGAUAAAAACUAUAAUUAACAACAUAAGCUUUAGCUGAGAUAGCUGCUGAUAAAUCUACAAAAGCUACUAUGAAAUGGAUAAAUCUUAUAUUUUUUGUACCACCAGUAACAGAAGAAUAAUUAUUAAGAGAAAAAUUAAAAAAAGAGGAAGCAGAAAAAAAAAAAAAAAAAAGAAGAGGAAGAUAGUAAAAAAAAGAAAAAAACAAAAACUCCAUUAUCAUCUGGAUAACCACCAUUAUCUGAUUAAAAAUCUGUAAAAUCUGCUAUUUCCAAUAAAUCAAUUAGAGGAGAAUAAUUAAGAGGAUUAUUAAAGAAAAAGGUUGAUGAUGCAUAGUCUCCUUAAAAACCUAAAAAUAACGCAGCAAAACCUGAAGAACCAAAAGAAAAAGAAAAAGAAUUAACUUUAAAGGAAAUAUUUAUGUAUAAUUUUCAAUAGUUGGAUAUUAAAAAUGUUCUUAUGAAUUUUAUAGGUUUAGGAUAAGAAGAUUUAUUAACUAAAUAAUAAAGAAUUAAAGAAAUAAAAGAUAAAAAGGAGGAAAUUAUAGAUAGAUAAACUUAAAACAGAAAAGAAAUGAAAAAUUUAAAAGAAAAAAAUUUAUUUACAAAUUUAAAAGAUGGAUUCUUACAUAUGAUCUUUUUAAUUUUCUUAAUUAUAGGAUUUUAAAAUUAAACUCUAAAAUCAAGUACAUUUAAUCAAGAGUAUUAUAUUAAAUAAUUUUAUGAUACAAGUUUAUUUCAAGGAGUGAAAAACUUUUAGAUUUAUGAUAUAAGUUUAGAAGAUGUAGAAUCAUCAAGAGAUAUUGAUAGUUAUAUUAAGAAUGUAAUAUUUAGUACAGCAGGAGAUGAUUAUGAUAAUAAUUAUAGUAAAGAAUAAUUAAGAGAUUUUGAUGUUUUUGUUGGUUAUUCUCCAGUAAGAAUGACAAUUAGAUUAUAUAAAGGAUUAAAUGUUAAUUUUUUUACUGAAAAUAACGAUAUAGUAUUUCGUGGAAGGUCUUCAUCAGAUUUUACUCCAUUUUCAGGAGAAUCUUCUGGUGAAAAAAUGGAAAAUUUAUAUAAGAGUGGAAUUGAAUAUAAAUAUUUAGGAAAAGGAACACCAAGUGCUGCAUAUUAGGCAGGAGGAUAUACAUUUUAAUUUUAGAGUGAAAUAAGUGGAGCUGUAGAAUAAUACUAAAAAAUAUAAUCAGAUAGUUUUUUUACUGUUUCGGUAUUGAUUAUAAUUAUAUUAUUUUUUAGACAGGAAUAAUUAAUUGUGAAUUUAUCAUUUAUAAUCCACCUUAAGAUUUAUAUUCAUUUGUUACUGUAACAAUAUAUAUUAAAGCUACUGGUUAAAUAGAACAUCUAAUUACAUUAAAUGUAAAUUAUUUAUUUAAUUAUUAUUAGACAUUUCCAAUUACAUUGUAUUCUGGUAGUAGAUUAACAAGAAUUGUUUUUGAACUCAUUGUAUUAUAUUUUCACAUUAAAUUUUGGAAAAUGUUUUUAAAUUAAUGGAAAGAAGUUUGGAAUCAUCCAAGUGCUAUAGAAUUUACACCUUAUGAUCUUCCAUCUGAUAGAUAAUUUUCAUUUGUUGAAAGACAUUUAAAUAUGGAUUUUUCAGACAAAAAAAAUGAUUAAAUUGUUAAUCUACUUUUUGGUAUAGGUAAAAGAAUUUAUGGAUUUGUUAUGCGUUUACUUACAAGUCUUAAAAUAAUGGUUUAAUAAACAUUUUUUAAUAUUUUAUUAAUUACAGGAAUAUUAUUGAUGUUUAUUUAAAUUAUUUAUUGGCUUUAGAUUGUAUUCAAUUAAUUAAGAAUGUCAUUUGAUUAUUAUGAAGGAUUUUUAUUUGUAAAAUAUAUUUAAAUAUUAAUUAGGCUGAUAAAGAACCACCUGGAAUGUUUAAUGAUUUUUAAAAUCUUGCUUAAUUGUUUUAAUUAUAUAACACAAUGGCUUCAUUUAUUUUAUUUAAUGAGUAUAAUUUUUAAAUAUUAAAAUAGGAUGAUAAGAAUAAUGGUUUACUUUUCAUUUUCUGCAAAACUUAGUUUAGUUUUAGAUAUAAUUGCAAGUGCAAGUAUUGACAUAGUAUUCUUUAUGAUAAUGUUUUGUUUGAUUGUUUUUGCUUUUGCUUGUGUUGGAGUAUUAAGUUUUGGUUAUGUAAAUGGAUCAUUUAAAAAUUUAUAUUUAUCUGUCAUAUAUUCUCUACAAAUAAUAAGUUAAAAUGCAAAAAUGCAUAAAUCUGAUGGUGAAAAUUAUUAAGCAAGUGUUAUUCUAUUUUAUUUUCUCAUAAAUAUAGUGAUAUUAUUAGUUUUAAUGAGAAUGUUAAUAGCUAUAUUAGAUGGACAUUUUAUUGAAAUUAAUAGUGAAUAAACAGAAAGAUUAGGUUUGGUUGAUACUAUUAUGAGUAUAUUAAGGAAUGAAUAUGAAAAAUUAAAAAAAAAAGAAGAUGAUGAUGAUGAUGAAAUUAAUGAAUAAUCAGAUAAUGAUGAAGAAAAAAUGCAUUCAAAAUGGGCUAUAUUGAAUUGGAUAUAUAAAAAAAUAUAUGAUAUUAAAGAAUUAACUGUAUUGAUUUAUAAAUAUGGUGAAGCUAAAUUUAAUGAAUAUAGAACUUUAUUAUUUGGAAUGCUUUUUUAAUAAGAUGAUAAUAAAAAAAUUAGUCGUAAGAGUAGUAUGAAUGAAGAUGGUGAAGAAGAUGAUAAUAAAUUAAAAAUUGAAUUAGAUUUUGAUGAAGAUAAAAAUAUAGUUGGUAAUAGAUAAAGAAUAGAAUCAGUUGAAGAAAUUAAAAUAUAUAAUACAGCAAAUGAAGCUAUGACAAAUUUAUAGAAUUUGACGGGAAAAAAAUUGGCUGGUGAAUAAUUUAAAACUACUUAGGUUUCUACUUGGAUUGCUGCUUUAGAAAAAGGUAUUUAAGAUAUUGCAUCUAAUUAAUUAAAUUUUUAAUAAUAUUAUACUCCUCAACCUAAUUAAAAAAUGGAUUGGAUUAUUUAAUUUUAAUUUCAUGAUUUUGAAAAAAAAUAUAAGGAUUUAGGAUUUGAAAUUCAUGGAGAAGAUUAAGGAGACUUUGCUUAAACAAUUAAAUAAGAUUAAUACAUAGAAGCAACACAUAAUCUUAUUGAAAAAAUUCAUAAAUAGAUUACUACUCUUAAUUUUAAAUAAAUGGAGACUUUUCAAAAUUUAGUUAGAUCAAUAGAUUUUUUAUUUUUUUUCUUUACAAACAUUAUUUUAGUAAAGAAUCCAGAAAAAUAUUUAGAAAGAUAUUAAAUAAAAAUUUAAGAAUAAGAAAAAAUUAAAUAAAAAUAAAAGACACUUAAAUUAUAAUAAUAAAAAUAGAAAGGUAAAUUGAAAUAAAAUAAACAAUAAAAAGUUGAAUUUGACAUUUCUCUUCUAGAUAUUUCAAAUGAAGUUAGGUAUUUUGAUGUAGUAAUCGAUGAUAUUUAAAGAUAGGAUAGUAGAAAAAAAUCUAUUUUAAAAUCUAUGAAAUCAAUUAAGACAGUAAAUAAUUAAUAAAAUAAUUAAUCUUUUGAAAUAUAAAGUGAACCAAGCAAAUUUGCUAAAUUUAAUGCUGAACAUCUUAAAUCAAUGAAUUCUCAAUAAAUUAUAAGUAUUUUUAGUAAAUUAGUGUGCUUAUUUUAUUUAUGGUAAGAAAUGAAAUUAAAUGAUAAAGUUAUUUUAUGGUUUGGUAAUGUACUUCAUACUAAAAAAAAGGAAAAAUUAAAUAUUUAACCUUUCUUUUGUAUUUAUCAUAAAAUAGCAUUUUGGAAUGAAGCAGGUUGGGACAAAAGAACUCUUUAGAAAAUUACAGUAUCUUCUGAUGAUCAUAAGAAAUUAUAUAGUGAAUAUGAUACUUAAAAUAUAGUACCAGAAUUUUAAUUCAUUUUAUUUUGGGAUAUCUUAAGUAAUUGUUUAUAUAUAAUUAUUCCUUUAGGUAAAAUGUAAGUAAUCAAUUAAAAAUCUAAUGAAAAGUAAGAAAUAGAUGAAGAAGCUGAAGAUACUAAUUUAACUGAUUUUCUUCCUAUAAGUAGUAUUUAAAUUCAAUUUGUUGCAUGUAAAUAUAAACAAUUUAUUUAUUAGAAUUAUUGAGAGGUAAAGGAGCAAAAGAUUUGUUAGUUUAAGUUGAAAAUGAAAAUAGUUUUGAAAAGAAAUUAGCUAUAUUGAAAAGUAAAAUUCUUAAUAAUUUUAUAUAGACUCUCAUUUAUAAAAUGAUCAUAAAAUUAUUAUCUGGAUAUUAAUGAAUCCAAUGGAAAAAAUGGAAAUGAUAUUAUAACAGGAAAAAAAAUAACAAGUUUAAUUUAUGAUUUUGAUGUUACUAGAAGAAUUAUACGAUAAUUUUAUUAUGUUGGAAAAGAUAGAAAAAGAUUUUUAUAAUUAGCUUAAUUCUAAAAUUUAUCUUUCAUUCCAUAAUUUUGCUGAAUUUAAUGCUUUAUCAACUGCACUUAAUAUAAGAAACAAAUAUACUUAAUAGUCAGUUAAUGAUGCUAAAGAUUAUACGAAUUAUAUUUAAUUUUUAGAGCUUUAAUUGGCUAAUUCAAAUUAAGCCCUAUCUAAAUAUAGUGAUUUUUUAAUUAAAGAAGUGAAGAAAGUUAAGAAUAAAGGAGUAUUGAAAUAAAAUUUGGGUAAUUUAGCAAAAGUUCAAGCAUAAUAGAAUUUAGUAAAAGAGGAUUAAACUGGUUCUCCAUAAUAAAUAAAGCUAGAAGCAUCAAGAUUCAAUUAAAAAGUAAAACAAGUAACUAUAAGAGAAGAACCGAAAAAUUGA